AUGAGCUUCGCGAGCUUCGCAGCCUUGGCGCAGCCGUACCUCUAUGGGAGGCAGCACUUCACGCUCGAGGGCCUGGAGCGACAUCAGGCGGAGACGCGCUCGCCGGACUACCUCAUCCGGACCUUCAAACCGCGCCUCGCCGGGCGAGCCUAUUUCAUCACAGGCACAGAUGUCGUGAUGCGUGAGGUGGCGCGCUUUCUCUUGGAGUGCGGCGCGCGGGUUUGGAUGGUGUGCCAGAGUGAGACGGACCUGCACGAGGUGCAGAAAACACUCUUCUUCAAGGCGGGCGAGGAUGCAGAGGCGCUGCACCUGCUGCAGGGUGAUCUUGCUUUGGAUGCGGACGUGCGGCGUUGCUGGGACGAGUUUGUCGCUCAGUCGGAACGUCUCGACGGGCUGAUCCUGGGCGAGAAGCGCUUCCGGGCGGAACGCUGCAUCACCGAGGAGAUGGUCGAGGAGACCUUUGCUGCGAACGUGCUCUUUGGAACCUUCCUCCUAAGCUCUCUGGCGUUGCCACUCCUCGAGUCCACACGUGGCUCCCGCUGGAUCGCGGUGAGCAGCUGGGAGAUGUCAGUGGUGCUGGUGGACCCUUAUUCCACGGGUCUCAUGCUGGCACCGGUGAUCCACCAACGAGGCUAUGAGGUCAUCGCACUCUGGACCAGUCAGGUGGGUGAGAACCGCGAGCAUUUGCCGGAGGCCGCUGAGGGCUUUCCAGAAAACUUCCUCGCCGAGAUCGACGAGGAAGCGACCCUCACCCUCACGGCCGCCGCGCUGCGUGCCGUGGCCGCGCCCGCGCCGGUGGCGGCGGUGAUCUGUGGCGGUGAGACGGGCGUUCAAGUGGCCGACGCGUUGGCGGAGCAGAUGGGCUUGCGGGGGAAUAGCAUCAAGGGAGGCCUGGAGAAUCGGCGCGACAAGCAGGUGCAGCAGGAUGCGGUGAAGGCGCAUGGCUUGAGAUCGGUGCGCUCGGUGUGCGGGAAGGCCUGGGAGGAGGUCCAAGCCUUCACAGAGACAGAACCCUUCCCCAUCAUCGUGAAGCCCGUGGAAUCGGCCGGUUCGGAUGGAGUGAAGCUCUGCCAGACCCCAAUGGAAGCUGAAGCCCAUUUCCACCUGUUGCUAACCUCUCAGCGCAAGGCUGGCGCACAGGGAGCUGCAGUCUUGUUACAAGAGUAUUUGCAAGGAACGGAGUACAUCGUGGAUCACGUGUCACGCAACGGUGUGCACAAGACGGCCAUGGUCUACGUCUACGACCGCCGCGCCGCCAACGGCGCUGGCUUCGUGUGCUUCGGGUUUCGGUGCGUGGCGGCCGAGAGUCCGGUGGCUCAAGAGCUCAUCCGCUACACGCGCGGCUGUUUGGAUGCCUUGCGGAUCACCGAUGGUGCCACCCAUACCGAGGUGAUGAUGACUGCCACCGGGCCAUGCCUGGUCGAAUUGAACAGCCGUGUCAAUGGGGCCGCGGGCGCUUGGAUCCCCUUGGCACGGGCGUUGACGGGAUACACGCAGGUGGACGCCACGGUGGAUGCCUUUCUCAACGGAGAGGCCUUUGACCGCCUUCCAGACGUACCUGGCCCCUUCCUCGCCUCUGGAUACCUCUCGACCUUAGUAUCUUACCACGAGGGCCACGUGGAGGCGACGCACUUUCAGAGGGUUCGGGAGCUCGAGUCGGUGGUCUUUCUGGAAGAAAAUCUCCGACCGGGCUGCGCCUUGACCAAGAGCGUCGAUGUCUUCAGCCUCAUUGGGCUUUGCGUCUUGGUCCACUCGGACGCAGCGGUCUUGGCCAAGGAUUUGCAGGCCAUACGAGAUGGAGCUCCAGGGCGCCCUCUUCCAACUUGCCGUGCCGUGACACCGCUGCCCCAGGGUGGCCUAAGAGGGUUUGAACUUUUUGAGAUCUUCGCUUUGCUUUGUACAGCCUGCGGAUUUGUACAGCCGCCAGGUCUCUUCCUGAUUAGGAGAACCAUGGCGACCGCGUGUUCGGUCACGCUGCGAACGCUGCGGCCGCGCGUCCCGCACAUCCGGGAAGCGCGGCAGCCGCAGGUGCUUCGGAUCUCAUCGGAUCUCAUCGGAGAGCUGAGUGCAGGGCGCAAGCUUGCAGGUGGACAUCAUCUGGAGGCACUGCUGACCGCGCUCAAGCACUGUAUAGCACGGGCAAGGUACGGCGUCGCGCUGCCGAGCCUCUCCACGCUCACGGCCGCGGGCGAGGACUACAAUGGAUUGCUGAACUUUGCCUACCAAAAGCGCGCACAGGUGCUCCUGUGUGAGUACUGGGCCAAGCUUUACAAGGUCCUGAUGCUGAGUUGUCAUCUUGGAUGGGUCGACAACGAACUAUGCAACGACAUGUAUCAAGACAGUGAAGUGCUGAUGGAGCCGAAACGGGACUGGUGGUCCGCGGCGGAGGGGCUCCUUUGGCUCUGCGUGUCCCGUCCACGCAACCUCGAGUCGGGUGGCUUUUACUUGGACAAGAUCCUGCAGCCCAAGCACCUCGCAGGCCCAUUCUUCACCGAGGGUGAGGCGACGAAGAACAGCAUUGCGGAAUGCAAAGCUUUGGUGCUUCACUUGGAGGAGUGGACCGUUGGCCACCGACCAUUGAUGCGCAAAGGCGCCGGGGAAGCAGUUGCGGAGGAGAACGGCCUGGAUUUGGAGAGGAUCUUGGGCCGUUGGUACGUGAUUUGGUGCAUUGGAGCCAACUUGGAGGAGGGGGAGACCAACUUGGUGAGAGAAUACGGCUGGGAUGCCACGGAGUCCUUCAUCCUCGCGCGCUCCUUGGGCCGGAGGGGCGACCGGCGCUUCAUCUCGGAGGAACGUUUGGUACCUUUGGGCCGCAGCACGUGGUGCCGGAAGCCGCUACUGGGCCUGCCCAGCGGGUCGUGUCCGGACUAUGUUCUGCUCUACUGCGCCGAGCACGUCAAGGCGGUGAUCCUGGGCACCAGUGAUGGUCAGUCGCUGUGGCUCAUGUCUCGGCAGCACUGGUUGGAGGGUGAAGUGCUGCAGAAGAUGCGUGAUCACCUGGAGAAAUCAGGCUACGAUGCAUCGCGGCUCACCAAGGUGCCCCAGGAGUGGGUGGCCCCUCCGGGCGGGCGAGUGACUCGCCGCGGCGCCAGCCGCGCGUGGACGGCACGGUGA